UCUCCGCCGAGACUCCGUAGCGCGAGCAAGCAGCAGCGAGGCAACGCGGCCACUCCAGUCUGCUGCUGUCCAGCCGUAAAACCUGCAGCGCUGAGGAGAAAAAAAAACUUCUUACAAACUUUGUGUUCUCCAAGACUUUUCUCACGCGGAGCCCGGCCGGACUGAACGGUUUUCCAACGAAAGCGGUACCACAAGUAACUUUUACGGCGAGUUAGUCUUUUUUAACAUACGUGAGGUGCUAGCGCUGCUCUCGGACGACUGGUUUUUCCUUUUUAACCAAUUUGAACUGAUUUUUUUAUUGUACCGCGAGGAGCGACCGUUAAACUGAAUCUCUGGCUUUUCUCGAAUGGUCGCCCUCACUGUGUGGUCGGUAAAGAGUUUUACUCUUAAAUCUUAAAGGGCCGAAGGCGGACUGUCGUCGGACAGUAACAUACACAACUCGACCUGAACGGCUUUACGAAAGAGAACUAACUUCAGCAGAGAAAGAGAGAGAGGCACGGCGCAUCUCUCCAUGAGGAGCUCCAGCGCGGGAGCAGAAGUUUUCUCAGGCUGACUUUUCUCGUGUUUUUUCGGUUUUUGUUCGAGAGGGUGCUCCGUUAUUUCUUCACAGCGAUGAAGACAGCUGUUGCCUUUGCCGUUUGUGCGUGUGUCGUGAUUUUGGUCUGCGCCGCGGUUGAGCAGAAGUCGAAAAACUGCAAUGAAGUCAGAACCGCUUACAGCUCGAAAGGCUUCAACAUCAACGACGUCCCCAACAAAGGAGUGCACGGAGCCCACCUGAAAGUAUGCCCUGAAGGCUUCUCCUGCUGCACUCUGGAGAUGGAGGAGAAGCUGAGUCAGCAAAGCCGCUCAGACUUGAAGGCUCCUGUCUCUCAGCUGAGCUCCAACCUGCAGAACACCUUCACACAGAGACACCAACAUUUUGAUCAGUUCUUCAAAGAGCUGCUUAACAAUGCAGAGAAGUCACUGCAUGACAUGUUCGUGCGCACCUAUGGUGUGAUGUACGUGAAGAACGCGGAGCUAUUCAAGCAUUUCUUCCACGAGCUGCGGCGCUACUAUGCCUCCGGGGGUGCCGCUGUGCACCUGGACACCAUGCUGGCAGACUUCUGGGCUGAGCUGCUGGAACGCAUGUUCCGGCUGGUCAACGUGCAGUAUGAGUUCACAGACCCCUACAUGGAGUGUGUGAGCCGGCACACGGAGCAGCUAAAGCCCUUCGGCGACGUUCCGCGCAAACUGAGGCUUCAGCUGACCCGCGCCUUUGUGGCAGCUCGCACCUUCACCCUCGGCCUGGCACUCGUCCCUGACGUGGUCAACAAAGUCUCCACAGUGAGUGCCUCUCCGAGUUGUGUGCGUGCAGCCAUGAAAAUGUUGUACUGCCCAUACUGCACAGGCCAGGUGGCUCUGAAGCCCUGCAAGAACUACUGCCUCAACGUGAUGCGCGGCUGUCUGGCCAACCAGGCUGACUUGGACACUGAAUGGAACAACUUCCUGGAUGCCAUGUUGAGUCUGGCUGAGAGACUAGAGGGUCCAUUCAACUUUGAGUCUGUAAUGGACCCCAUUGAUGUGAAGAUCUCAGAUGCUAUCAUGAACAUGCAAGAAAACAGCAUGCAAGUCUCACAGAAGGUGUUCCAGGGUUGUGGACAGCCAAAACCUACGUUCCGCUCUCGACGUUCUACAAAAGACUCAAGCUUUCCUGGCCGUUUCCGUCCCUACAGCCCUGAUGCCAGACCCACCACUGCAGCUGGCACCAAUAUGGACCGACUGGUGACUGAUGUGAAGAAGAAGCUGAAGCAUGCUAAGAAGUUCUGGUCCACGCUGCCAGAGACAGUUUGUGUUGGAGAAAGGGUUGCCCAGGGGGAUGAGUGCUGGAACGGCACAGCCAAGAGCAGGUAUGAAUCUGUAGUCAUGGGCAAUGGCUUGGCGAACCAGGUAUCCAAUCCCCAUGUUGAAGUAGACAUCACCAAGCCAGACGUUGUGAUUCGCCGACAAAUCGCUGUGCUGAAAGAAAUGACCAGCUGGCUGAAGGCUGCUCACAGUGGAAAUGACAUCACUUUUGACAACGAAGAAGAUGGCAGUGGAGAGGAAAGUGGCAGUGGCUGCGAUUCGCCCUCUUGCGACAAUGAUGACAUGUACUUCUCCACCCCUCUGCCUGUGAAGCCCAGCAUGGUUUCCCCAGAGAAGACUUCCUCCAGCGGUGUGCGGUUGACCUCCUGUAGCUUGGUUCUGGCCCUGGCAGGCCUCACUCUGGCUCUCCUGGCACCCCACACCAGAUAAGAGUAUCCUAGAAAACAGAGAUGUUGAGCAUUACUGAGGAAAACCGAAAACUGUCAAAGGACAUUUUAAUGAAAAAGGAAACAAAAGACAGCCUUCAGGACUAUGGUCUGCCUGCCAUCUAGGGAAGACUCUAGUUAUUAAUAUUGUAACUUCACCUUAAUUUUUUUAUAUAUAUAUAUAUAUAUAUAUAUAUAUAGAAAUGGACGGUCAUGUACAGCAGUGAGAUUCACAACAGCAAUAUGCCUCCCUUUGGUCCAUUUUCUCACUGGACGUUGCUCCCUCCAGCCAUUAUCAGUGUUCAAUGGUACACAAUGUUGUUUUUUCUUUUUUUUCUUUUUUUCUUGGUCUCUUCCCAAAAUGAGCCUUAGUGUUUUUUUUUUGUUUGUUUGUUUGUUUAUUUUUUUUUAAUUGAGGUGCGUCUGUCUGUGUGUGUAUGUGUGUCUGUCUGCGUGUGUGUGUGUGUGUGUGUGUGUGUGUGUGUGUGUGUGUGUGAGAACUGGUAUAAAUGACUGAGAGAUCUUUUCCUAAGCUAAGCUAGCUCAUAAAUCAAUACCUGUACCACAUGUUCAGUUGGAGUGAAGCAAAAAUGUAGCAGGUACAAAGUCACUAUAGUAGACACACAAAAUAUGCACGCUUAUUUUGUAUGUGUACUUUGGUCUGUCCACGUGCCAUCAGUGUGUUGACAGAACCACAGUGGCAAGUUCUGUGAUAUAAUGAAAGCUGGUGAGAGCCAAGCCACAAAAAAUGACUUGGUAGAUGGAUGGGUAGAAGUGGUUCGCAUUGAUUUUUUUUUUUUUUUUUUUUUUUUUUUUUUGGUGCAUGCAUACUGCUGUCAGUUCUGACACAGCUCCCGUCUCAAUGGAUCCCAAACACAGUUUCUGCAGGGAGUUCAUUAUUUUAGAAGGCAGUCUCUUAUCAUAUGAACCGAAUCUGUUUAUUGGUGCUGGAAAAUUUGGAAUAGUCUUUGUUGAUCUGAAUGCUGAUUUGUUGAUGAAAGGCCCAUCAUUGCAAAAGGCAAAUCUGUCAGUGACCUUUGCCUGAAGUAGACUGUGCACAGAUGUGACCUGAUCAUUCAACUUUAAUCGUCUAGGUAUGUCUGCAUGCAGAAUACGAACGAAACGACCUGACAAAGUGGAUGCUUGGGUGCUUCAGGAAAGAUGAAAUGAAAACCAAUUGUACAGUAUGAAUCAGUUAGAUUUGAGGUAUAGUAAAAUAAUGAAAAUAACACAGGGUUUUUAUGUGGAGUUUUAUUUUAUUUUAAGGUGUAAAUCUAUAUAUUAGGUACUACAGCAAAUUUUCUUUGGCCAGAAUUACUGAUGGAGCUGACUGGAGUGAUAUAGAGUGGUUUCUGUAUGUGUGUGUAAAUGUUAAUUUAAGGGUUAACGCCAAACCUUUAAACUUUUGGGUCUAAGAUUGACCUCAGAGAUCACCCUCUUUAAAUCCACUCUCACCAUCUGCUAGUUUUGUUUGUGUUAAAACAGAUGUUUAUUUCAAUCUGAACUACAACCUUUGGUACGUUUUUUUACUCUGUUUCCACACACUGGAAAAAAGGGGCAGUGAUGUGUAUAACCUCUCAGAAAUUGAUUGUAUCUUACAUUUUAUGGCUUCUGGACUGUUCUUUUGUUUUAAAAGCCACAUGCCUGUACAUGUGGGUUUUCAUCUCGAUGACUGACAAGUACAGUAUUACUAUAAAAAAAAAAUAGCGCUCCUCGUCACAACUCCCCAAAGUAUUCCAUCCAUCUCUCAAUGAACUGCUUUUGUACAGUAAGUUAUUUAACUGCAUGUCUCUCUUAAAUGCUUCUACAAACAUGAUCUCAGAUAUUGCUUUCAUUGAUAUCUAAAAUACAGUAUUCCAAAAUAUAUUUAUAUCUGUAGAUGCAUUUUUAACAGUUUCAUAAAUUACCUGAUUUUAUAUUGGUUUCAAAUGUUAUGUAAGGCUUAGAUUUUGUAAACCAUUUUACCAUUGUCAUUCCUGUCACCACCACCCCCCCCUCCCCCCAUUAGCGUCAGGUAUGGUGGUUGUAAAAGAGUCUGCAGAGUGAAGGACAGGGUUGGCCACAAAUUCUUGCGUGUCCUAAUGUUGUUAUGCACUUUUGAUUGCCAUUCAAACACUCACCACAUGGCAUGCUAGCCAGAUGCUUUGAUCUGCAGUUCAUUAGACAAAUACAUAAGCUCUCAAUACCCAUGGAUGGAAAGCUAGGCCUGCUUUAGGAGGUCUAAACAAACAUUUUAGAAAAAUUAAGCGUUGCAGCUCUGCGGUUUUGCUUUCCUCCCCUCAUCUACUACAUAUCUUUCCAGGUUGUUUUGUUUGUAUAUGCUCCAUGAAUAGAAAACAAUGCGUUAUCUAUCUCCUGGCAUUACAGCAGACUUUUCCCUCUGUUGCACACAAAGAAGGAACCAGUGUCUCCAGGAAUGGCAGUGUCUUAUCUUUAACAGUGUGGCUAUUAAGUUACUCCAAGUCGUUCAGUGCUGAGGUGAUAUGGACACUUGAACCAAGGGGAUUGCUUUUCCGAUCCAGCGGUCUUUAGUGGGAAUACUGAACUACAGAAUGAAGAUUGCAUUCGCCCUCUCUCUACAGUCUGGACAAUGGAGCCAAGAUAUCUUUAAUAAGAUGUAAGAGAGACUUGACUAUGAAGAGGAACAAAAGUGUAAAUAUUAAACAUCCAUUUUAGAGGUCUCUGAGAGGUCAUAACAGUCCACAUUUUACUCUUUCAGAGGAUCAGCCUAACGCGGGGUGAAACAAUGAGAUAGAUGCUAAAAUGUAAGAGAAAAGGUAUAUUAAACAUGUCCGAGUCUUGUGGAAAUAAAGACUGCAGAUAUUUA